AUGGAUAAACGAGGAGGCAUAACAGAAACUGAAAAUGGUGAUGCUUUCCUGGAGCUGAACAGGAUUACAGCAAAAUACCCCCAUCGUUACACAAAGGAGGAAUUGCUGGAUAUUAAAGAGCGUCCCUACUCUAAGCAAAGACCUUCUUGUCUCUCUGAAAAAUAUGACAGUGAUGGUGUCUGGGAUCCAGAGAAGUGGCAUGCAUCUUUAUAUCCGAGUUCAGGAAGGACUUCACCAGUGGAAAGCUUUAAAAAAGAUUUGGAUUCAGAUCGGACUUCUCUUAUGCGCAGGAUAAUAGAUCCAAGAGAGCGAGUGAAAGAAGAUGACCUGGAUGUGGUACUGAGCCCACAGAGGAGAAGCUUUGGGGGUGGCUGCCACGUGACUGCAGCGGUGAGCUCGCGCCGCGCGGGGAGUCCCCUGGAAAAGGAGAACGACGGCGUCCGCAUGAUCGGAGGCCGCAGGAUUGGCAGCGGCAGAAUCAUCUCUGCGCGGAACUUCGAUAAAGACCAUCGGGGCGGUGACCCUAGGGAUUCGAGAGACAGAGAUCGUGACAGGGACUACAAAGACAAACGCUUCAGGAGGGAAUUUGGUGACAGCAAACGUGUCUUUGGGGAGCGAAGAAGGAAUGACUCUUACACUGAAGAGGAACCAGAGUGGUUCUCUGCUGGUCCUACAAGUCAGUCUGAAACCAUUGAGCUCACAGGCUUUGAUGAUAAAAUUUUGGAGGAAGAUCACAAAGGGAGGAAACGUACCAGGCGACGCACAGCCUCGCUGAAAGAAGGGAUAGAAUGCAAUGGUGGAGUGGCAGAAGAAGAUGAAGUGCAAACUGCCCUUGCCAAUGAAACUCCAGCAGAUCAAGAAGUUCCUCGGGAAGCUGUUUUACAAGAACCAGCUCCAGGAGAGUUUGACUUCAAUGAGUUCUUUAACUUGGAUAAAAGUGUUCCUGGCCUGGCUUCAAUGAUAGAGGAUGUGCUGGGGGAAGGGUCAGUGUCCAGCAGGUGGUUUUCCAACCCCAGUCGUUCUGGAAGUCGGUCAAGCAGCUUGAGAUCUACACCACAUGAGGAGCUGGAGAGGCUAGCAGGUCUAGAGCAAGCAAUUCUCUCCCCUGGCCAGAACUCUGGAAACUACUUUGCUCCCAUUCCAUUGGAAGACCACUCUGAAAACAAAGUGGACAUCCUAGAAAUGCUACAGAAAGCCAAAGUGGACUUAAAACCUCUUCUCUCAAGUCUUUCAGCCAACAAGGAAAAGCUUAGAGAGAGCACACAUUCAGGAGUUGUACUUUCAGUGGAAGAAGUGGAAGCUGGGCUGAAAGGCCUGAAAGUGGAUCAGGAGGGGAAAAUUGCCACUCCCUUUAUGGCUGAGCAAAUGGAGGAAGCAUUGAAUGUCUCUGGCUCCAGGCAGAUCAAGAAAGAUGGAGACAUGACUGCGUUUAACAAACUGGUCAGCAGUAUGAAGGCGAGUGGGACUCUGCCUUCACAGCCCAAAGUCAAUCAGAGCCUUGAAAGCCACUUAAUGUCACCUCCAGAGAUGCCAGGCCAGCCUCUAUCAAAGAACAUUCUGCAGGAACUUCUUGGUCCACCCAUUACCAGACCUGCUUCAUCGAAUGUCUUGAGCGGGCUGAUAGGUGGUUUGGAGCCUGCAGCCUCUUUGCUGACACAGAGAGCUCCUUCUCCCCCCGUCCCACCCGUGUUCCCAACGCGAGCGGCUUCCGCGGAUUACCUGCGCCACAGGAUAUCUUCCCCCAUUGGUUUUGGACAAGGUUCUCAGCAGUUGCUUGGUGAUCCAUUUCCGGGUGUAAGGAAGUCCAUGAGCCCUGUUGCUGCACAGAUGAGUCCCUUGGAGAUACAGCAAGCUGCAUUAGAGGGCCUAGCACUUCCACAUGACUUGGCCAUACAGGCAGCAAACUUCUAUCAGCAUGGCUUUGGUAAACCACAGAUGGACAAGAGCAGAGAUGGCUACAGGAACAGGCAGCAGCGAGUGACUAAAUCUCCUGCACCAGGACACAGAGGGAAUGCAUCUUCUCCUGCCCCUACAGCAUCCAUUACGAGCAUGCUGUCUCCUUCCUUUACACCUACCUCGGUGAUUCGCAAGAUGUAUGAGAGCAAGGAGAAAAGCAAGGAGGAGCCAGUUCCUGGGAAAAUGAAAAUCGGUGACAUUAAAGAUGAAAAUCAGAGACCAAAUGAAGAUAACCUACUGUCUAGUUCUGUGGAGAAUGCAGAUCAAGGAACUUUGCCCACCUUAGGUACCAAACUACCUGCACUGCAACGCUCUGCAUGUUCCACACCUCUUACCCAAGCAAAUCGUUGCACCAAAGAGCAAGACUACAGGCCCAAAUCAGCUGGUAGGAAGACUCCUACAAUGGCCUCCCCAGUACCAGGAGGCCCUUUCCUUCGUCCUGUUCAUCAAGUACCCCUUGUUCCCCAUGUACCACUUGUACGACCUGCUCAUCAACUGCACCCAGGAUUGGUCCAGAGAAUGCUGGCACAGGGGGUCCAUCCGCAACACCUUCCUCUGCUGCAAGCAGGUAUGCUUCCUCCUGGAGUGGACCUGUCUCACUUGCAGGGAAUAUCUGCUCCCAUCCUUGGCCAGCCUUUUUAUCCACUACCAACAGCAAGUCAUCACAUCCUAAAUCCACGCUCGGGGACACCUUUGCAGCUCGCGGUGAUGCAACAGCAGCUACAACGAUCAGCUUUACAUUUCACAGGCUCUGGAGCACAGGGAUCACCUGCUGGUGCACAAACAAACCCCCAAAAUGUGCUGCCUCGGACUGGAUUCUCUCACGGGCACACACAGCUUGACCAUCGCCCCAGCCAGAGAAGUGGCUCUCCCAUUGGCCUUGCAAAGUGGUUUGGUUCAGAUGUCUUGCAGCAGCCUCUCCCUUCCAUGCCAUCCAAAGUCAUCAGUGUAGAUGAACUGGAAUACCGGCAGUGA